GUGAGCUUGGGGGUGAUGAAUGGGCCCGUGGCAGCAUUGGGCUUUGGGCUGAGCUCGCAGGCCGCCGACGCAGUCAGAGGACCCGACGAGGGCUGGCACUCUGGGCUCCUCCUGCCCUUCCCUCCCCCGCCUCAGGGCCAAGGCACAUAUCAUUGCGCGUGGCGAGUGGCACUGCACGUGGCUCUUUCUCUCGUGGGAGGUGCCUGGAAACAGUCGUGGAGAUCCUGCCUCGCUGGGAAAUAGAUAAGCGAUUUGUAAAGCCUAAAGAUGAGUUCAAAACCUUCAUCAUGUUUUGGCCGUAGAUGAACAGAGUAAUGACUCGUAACAAAGUGUUUUGUAGAGUAGGGGAGAAAGAGAUGUCAGGAUGCCGCUUGGGUGUUUGUUCAAGAGGGAAAAAUCAAACAGCAUGAGUGACAAAGAAAAGCGGGCCAAGCUGGGCCUGAAGGUCGUGAUGGCCCAGCAAAAUCCGGAGCCUGUUUAUGACCUUAGUGAUUGUGCUAUGGUUGAACUUCCACCAGAUACCUUUGUCAUGUGCAAGUUGUUGCAGAAAACUAGCCUUAUUUUGAAUAACAAUUUAAUGACAUCCUUUGAGAAAGGAGGAAAGCUUCAUGAGCUUGAAGCUAUAGAAUACUUAGACCUCAGCAACAAUAAGUUGUCUCAUCUUCCAGAUGAUAUUCAUAAACUACAUAAACUUAAAGUCUUAAAGCUAGGUACCAAUAAACUCAAACACUUACCAUCUUCAAUGGCAGAUUUGUCAAAGUUACAAGAACUGGAUUUGUCCACUAAUAAGUUUUCCAAAGUGCCUACAAGUGUAUGUGCCUUGCCCAGACUGAAAGUUCUCACCUUAACUGGGAAUAGUAUUUCUGUACUGCCAAAAGAAUUCUGUGAGCUUCAGAAAAGCUUAUGUACACUUGAGCUUGACACUGACAAGCUACAGACACCACCUCCAGAAACAGUAAAUGAAGGUGUUGAAGCUGUCAUGCGUUUUCUGUGUGAAAAAUAUGGUAUUGAAUACCAAGGGCUUAGUGAAGAGCUCGAUGACAGCACAUCUGAAUCUACCUCACCUCCAGUAUCUGCUGGAUUAGAACCUGCAGAGAAUCAAGAAAUGCUUGACUACUUUAGAAAAAAGGCGGAACUAGUUAAAGCACAACUAGCUGCUGAGGAAGCAUUCCAAGUUCAAGAACAAAAACAACUUGCACAGAUUUUAAAGGACACAAAUACUAAUAAACAGCAACUUUUAGAAGAACUGUCACAAUCACCAGCAGAACUCCAGGAUUAUGAACGCAAGAAAUUGGCCUUGCUGCAAGACCAAUUUAACAUUGAAGAAAAAAUGCGUAGUGAACAAGCUGAGCAGCUAGAGAAAUAUUUAGCCUCAUCAAGUGACAAGGAAGCCUUGAUUAGUAACCUGUCAGCUCAGCAGGCUGAUAUAGAUCAAGAAGUGGAAGGUCUUGUUAGUGCAAAAGAGAGAGAGCGCCAGCGUCUGAUAAAGGACCUUGCAUCCUCAGAGCAAGAAACCGCAGCAGCUGUUCAAGAACUCCUUACUGCUACUGCGUCUCGUAGAAAUGAAGAUUUCCUGAUCCUGCUGCAACAACAAGAACAAGAAAUGCAGUCGUUACUUUCAGGUAUAGCAGAGGCAGCUGCUGAACUCCGACGCUCGGAGGUAGUUGCUGCAAUGAAGGCAGCUCUUGUAGAAGAAGCAAUUGCAGAGCAGAGAAGACUGGCAGUGCAAAAGGAACAGGGAAAUCGUAUUUGUACUCUGCUUGAGGAGAAUGAUCUCGUCAACGAUCACAUUGAAGGGGUCAUAUCCACACGAAUGGCUGACCAGGAAGUUUGGGUGUCGACUCUGCUGGAGGAUGAAGAAUGUCAAGCAGCGGCAUUUAAAUUGCUGUUACUGAAGAGUGAUCUAAAGAGAAAUAACAUCUUGAGACAGAUUGGACAAGUUGAAUAUGAACUUGCACGGCUCUCCUCACUCGAGGUACGCAAGAAGAAGUUCGGUGUCAAAUAUGGAUCCAAUACCAUGUUAGAUCAGAGAGCAACAUUAGCUGGUCUUCUCAAAUCGCUGUUAACAGAGAAGAAGGAACGAGAAAAUCAGCUAAUAGAAUGGUUUGGUCGUGUUGGGGACAUGAGGUCUUCCGAUACAAAUGAAGAUGAUUUCUGGUUAGUGCAGUACCAGCGUCUUUUGUCCAUGAAGCCAGCAGGGUUAGCAGAAGCGGAAGAGCAACUUGAACCAAAGGUUCGAGCUGUCCUUCAGGGUGCUCACGCUGCAGACCUCAUUCCAGUCUUUGCCCGUCAUAAGAUUACUUAUGCCGACUUACUCAACAUGACUGAGGAAGAUGCAGCUGCAAUGGGAAUAGGCCCUGCUACAUAUCACAGUUUGCAGCGUGCUCUGCAGAUCCACUUAGCAGCGUCGAAGUUGGGAUCACAGAAACCAUCAGCUCCUUCUGAAGAGGACAUGCCAUGUGAGCCAUCUGCACCAGAGAUAGAAUCUGAUGAAGAUGCCCCUUCAGCCCCAGCACUAGAAGACCUUGGUGAAGGAGCAUCAGCCCCUCCACUAGAAGAUCAGUAUGUGGAGGCAGAAUGUGUGAUUUGUCUUGAUUCUGGCUGUGAGGUUGUGUUUCUGCCCUGUGGCCAUGUGUGUGCCUGUAGUAAAUGCUGCACAACUCUUGCAGUUUGUCCAAUGUGCAGGUCACCUGUUAUCAGCAAGAUUUUGCUUACGUAUUAGAUGUUUACAAAGUCUAUUAAUCUUUAACUAACCCUUUCAUGAUUUCUCGUAGUGAAGCACAGACAUUUUAGAGCAUUUACCCUUGUGGAAUUAUGGAAAUUGUUUUCAUGUUACAUUUUACUUUACCUGUGAAUUAUAUACUAUAUAAAGUUAAAGAAAAUAUUGACUGAAUUUCAGAUAUCUUACCAAGGAUCAUAUGUAACAAAAAUUACAUCAAAGAAAGAUUUGUUUUCAUUACAUUUUUGAAUACGCAAAAAGUGAAAAAUAACAUUACAGUUGUGAUUUCUUCUAAAAAUUGAAAAACCUAAAGCAUCUUCUGUGUUUGACUCUGUUUGUACUUAUUAAGAUAUCAAAAUCAAUUACCUUUCAGAGUUGCUUGUUUAUUCUGAAAAAUCACACACACACACACACACACACACACACACACACACACACACACACACACACACACACACACACACACACACACACACACACACACACUCACUCACUCUCACACACUCACAUUCACACACAUAUUUAUAGUGUAUUUAUAUUAAUACAUGCACAUACAUUAAAAAUCAUAUUCACAGUCAUGCACGGAUGUAUGUGGGUAUAUAUAUUUAAUAACAGAUUGUUCUCUAUGAGAAUGUACCUCAUAUUUCUGAUUGUCAGCCAGAUGUUGGAUUGAACAUACAGUGCAAAACCAACUUUCUCUUGUGAUGAUGUUGCUUGUCCUUCUCUCCUCUUGAAAUUUAGAAUUGCCGUAGUAACCAUUUCUGGCAACGUCUGUGUAGGAGUUUUGAAUUUCGUAGGAGCCAGUUUUUACUAUUGUCACUGUUCAAGGUUAGGACGUACAAUUUUUCCACAUUCUAGUGUAUAUGUAUGUAAUUUUUCAUGAUAGGUGGCAGAGUUAGUAGAAGAAAGGAUUUCAUGUCCAGUAAAUGUAGGAGAAACUUAUAAAAGAUAUUUGUGUUCAUUUUUUUGUAUCGAUAUUGGAUCAAAAAUGUUAUGCAUAGAAAUUGAUAUUUAUUUGAAUUUGUCAGAAGUUUGUAGGUGUAGUGAAAGAUUUUUUUUUCUAUAUUUGAGUAACUGCAAGUAAAUGAUGAAAAAUAGUCAUGGGAUAUGUGUUUUUUUUUUUUAGAAUAUAUUUCAGUAAGAAAAAAAAUACUUUCAUGUUACAUUUUAGGGUUUUAAUGGACAUGAAAUUUAUACAUUUACAAUGCAGUAUGAAUUGGCUAAAGUGUUCCACUGUUAUAUUUAGAAUGCUGUCUUUGUUAGGAAUUUUCUUUAGCACUAUAAAAACAGUGGAUAAAGGGACCGUCCCAAAAAGUGGGCGGGAAAGGAAUAGUAAAGAAAUAAGAAACAGUCCUACUGAUUUACUUUCAAUUUACAUGUUAUUUGAUGUUUAUACUUUUGGUGAGGAAAACUUCUGUUUAUUUGUUUAUUUUUUAUAUAUGUCCUUACAAACUACUAUUCUCAUCUUACGUAAUGUAUGUGAUGAAAAAUUUCAGUAUAAAUGUUAAUGAUAUCCAAAUAUUAAAAUUUGAUUUAUUUUCCUCAGAAGUAAAAUCUAAAUAAAAAAAAAAUCCCCCUUGUUAUUUUUUGCACAUUUUUGCAAAAAUGAGAUUGAAAAAAAUGUUGCAAAUAUUGUAUAGAGGCUCAAAAAUUGUGUUAUAAGAGAGAAUUUUUUUCAGUAUUUCAGUUCUUCUUUUAUAAUUUUUCACAAAUGAUAAUUUAUUUUCUUAUAACCAUAGAAACCGCACUCAUUUCUCUUUCAAAUGCUGUUUGUUGCAUGAAGAUAUGCCAGUUGGUUGCCAAGUAAUAUAAAAAAGAGUUGACCCCUGUGGAAAGGGGAUAAAUCCUAACAACCGUUGUAUAAAUGCAGGAACUCUUUGUCUCAAACUACUUAUGUGUGUUUAUUUACAUGUACAUGUGUUGGCAUGUGUGCCUGUAUGGAUUUACAUGUAUAUAUAUGUGUAUACAUAUGCUUAUGUAUACACAUAUGUGAACUUGUGUGUGUAAAUGUGAGUACAUGUGUAUGUAAAUAUGUACAUGUAUACAUGUGAGUAUAUAAAUGCAUACAUAUGUAUAUGCAUAUAUGUGUGUGUAUUUACAUGUAUAUAUGUUUGUAAAUACAUGUAUUCCUGUGUAAAUGAGUACAUUUAUGUACAUGCUUAUCUAAGAAGUCAUGUAUAACAUAUUCAUUUCUGGUCCUUAGUGCAUAUAUGUUUGAGUGUCUGUACUUGAAAACGUGUUCACAAGUGUGUACAUGUGCAUUUUUUGGUAAUUCACUUACCUAUAUAUUGUACACAUUAAAGUCAACUUGUAUCUGCCUCUUUGUUUAUCUGUUUAUCUUUCUUAUUGUUGUUUAUUUCAUUGUAAAUCGAUUGCAUUGAAAGGAAUCUAUUAUAAAAAGACAUUUCUGCUGCCUGUGAUAUGUUUCAGUAGGUAAUGUUAAAAGGCAAUGCUUUAUUUUUGUGCUAAUAAAUACAGCAUCUGUUGUUUGGUUUGGAGCUGUACUCUUGUUAUGGUGGCCAGUUUUUCCUUUUGAGACGUAAGAAUCAACUGGGAAAAUGUUCCCUUGUGUAACACCUCAAAACUGGUUAUAACUCUUCCCCCACCUGGACCCUGGGAGUGGCCCCAUUAAGUGCAAUCAGAUUUCAAAACCAAGUAUGAUUAUUCAUGUUCUCUUUGUGUUUUUUUUUUUUUUUUUAAUGUAUAUUGUAUAUGACUUUAUUAUUAUCAUUUUUGAAGAAUAUAUACAAGAUGGUUAUCAUACUGUCACAGGAUAGUGCAAUGGUUAAAUGGUAUUUGAAGGAAAAUAUAAAGACUGGACAGAAAUAACCUGUGGGUCUCUGAGGGCAGGGUGGUGCUCAAUUUGCUAUGUAAUAGACUGGUUGGAAUGACAUACCUUAUGUCAGGUAGAGGAAGCGGCAAUCUGUAAUAAUCCUCCAUCAGGAUGACUAGAUACCAGUGAUGGAUCUAUUAGAGAACUGUUUGUUUAGUGAGUUUUUACUGUCUGUUUUAUUAUUAUUGUUAAUAAAUUAAGUGUAACAGUGUGGCUGCAGUGAUUUUGCUUGUGUUGCAAAGAUUGAUAUCAAAAUAGGGUUUAAAGCUAUCCUUUAGAGAUAGGACCUGUCUCCUAAAUCAUUAGUAAGAAAUUCAAAAGGUGCUUUUGACUUUCAUUAAUAUGAAAAGAGUAUUCAGUUAUUUAGCUUUGUCAUUAUUUUUCAAAAGUGUGGAGGAAAAUAAUUCAAAAAUCUCUAAUAUCAUUUAGCAGGUUGAAUAUAUCAUGGUCACUUUCUUAGUAUUAGUACAAAUGUAUCAUAUAUCUGAUUUAGGCAGUGAAUGCCAUAUUGAUUUAUCAGUAUUCAGGAAUAUUGUUUUGUUUGCCUAUGUUUUAUGGCAGAGGUAUUAAUAGAACAUGAGGUUAUAUUAAUUUGUAGGAACAAGCUCAUGCUAAGUUUUUGUAGAGCUUAUGUGAGAAUCAUGAAAGUUUAAAAGCCUAACAAAAUGAACAUAAAGAGGGAAUCUUAUAAUAUUCAUGAUGAAGAAAAAACUGCAAAUUAUAUGUGAUCUCUUUUGUUUCUUUACAUGGAUCUGGUUCUUUUUUACAUAACAGUGCUAUUGUGUAAAGCUGUACAGUUUAUAUUUCUGAUUUCAGAGAAGUGUCAUAGUAGCUGAUAUGAUAGGCUAUGUUAGUUUUGUACUCUUUACUCACAGAGCAACUGAUAAUGAAAAUUUGCCAGAGCAUUUUGUUAAUUUUCUAAAGAUAUACUUUAUUCAAGAUAGUCCAUUUAUUAUUCCCUAUUAUAGUUCCUUUCCAUUUCCUUCUCCCCUUUUUGUCCCUGUCUCUGUCCAUUCCCCUGUUCUUUUCUUUUUACUUAUGCUCUCCCAACCUCUUCAUACUCUACCAUACCUCACUGUCUAUGUGUGAAUAUUUGUUAUAUGUAUUGAAUUAUAUUACUGAUAUUUCGAAAUGUAAAUCUUUCAUAUAUGAACAGUAUAUGAAAAUUAUAUAAGUUGUUUUAUCUUGUUAGAGGAAAAUAUUUACUGGUGUCAACAAUAGUGUUAUAUUCUUGGUGUAAUAUCCAUACUGUAUUUGUGAUAUUUGAAUAUAAAGGCCCUGAUAGCAAGGGUUAUACAACCAAUUUUCAAAUCUUAAAAUCAUUUUUACAUCUGAUAAAUUGAGACAAAACAAAGUUCUUGCAAACUUAAGGACUUAUUUACCCAAACUGGAGAGCAUUUGUUUUAAGAAUCUGUAUUGUGCUUGUUUCAUUUGUGAUUACCUUAAUUUUAGGUCAACAUGGUUGGUGUAUCUGUUAAAGAGCAAAUUAAUAUUUACUCAUAAUUCUUUUUGCAUUAUUUCCCAUAUUGAUACAUAUUUUUUUUCCUCCAUAAGUGAAGCAAUUUACAAUUUUUUAAAAGACUUAUUAUAUCAGAUCUAGAAGUUGAUGAAAGAAAUAGAGUGAGAACUGUUUUUUGGAUUAGUGAGAUAUGAAGCUGAAUUCUUUGUGAAGAGCAAAGUAAGAAAGAAAGAGAGAAAGAAAGAAAGAAGUUUUGUUUUAAUCACUUGGCUUUAACUUUUUGUUUGAAAUUUAUUAAUGAGUUGGCAGCUAACUCUUGCAAAAAAUAUUCAGGACAUUUUAGUCUGAAGGAAUAAUUUUUUGAGAAUCCCAUAAUGUUAGUAGUUGAUGGACUUUUAAUGAAUUCCAGCAAAAGAAAAAGAAAUUAUCUGCUGAUUUAUGAACAUCAGUUAAAGUUGUUUUUUUAAGUUGUGGUUAACAGAUUUUUACUUAUAAAUGUUCAGUCUUUAAAAAGUUGUUAAACCAGUGUCAUACUUUAAGAAGUGUGUAAAUUUUUCUGAAGUUUGGAUUAGUUAGUCAGGGACACUUCAUUUAAACUGAAAUACUAAACAGAAUUAGACUAUGUUGUCAGCUAGCCAUUGAACAUUUUGAACUAGAGUUUAUGUUGUAGUUCAGCCAUAAUUAUUAAUGUAAAAUUCAAACUGUGAUUGAAAAUAGACAUUCUCUGUAUAAACACUGCUUGAUAAUUCCUUUAGUCCCAGUGUGGGUUUAGAGGGUUAGUUCUUAUAUGUCACCUGAUGACUCAAUUGUUCCAUGUUCCAAGGAAAUUUUAAUUGAAGAGUAUAUACAUAUAUUUUUUUCAUGUGAAGCUAACUGUAACUGAUAUACUGUUACCAGAAAGGCUAUGUAAAUUUACAUAGUUGUACAGGCUUAUGUCCACAUAAUUCUAACUUAUUAUUUUCACUUGCAUGCAGGUGUCCUUUAUUUCCACCAGUAUAACUUGUUAUAAAUAGUAUUUGGUCACAUGGACACCAGUGCUAUAAUUCACCCCGAUUCAUACUCUAACAAUCUCUCAUUGCCAGUUUCAGUUGCUCUCUCUCUCUCUCUCUCUCUCUCUCUCUCUCUCUCUCUCUCUCUCUCUCUCUCUCUCUCUCUCUCUCUCUCUCUCUCUCUCUCUCACACACACACACACACACACACACACACACACACACACACACACACACACACACACACACACACACACACACACACACACACACACACACUGUAAUAUCAUGCAAGUAAAAUGUAUCCUACAUUUUUAAUAUGAUGUCAUUCUUGUUACAUCUGGUAGGUAGAUCACAUCAAUUUGUGCCUUUACAUCUUGUGAAAGAACCUUUCUUUCUAAAUUAUUGCUCUUUGGAUACAAGUCUUAGAAAGGGUUGUAUUUAGUAACCCCCCGUGUCAGUUUUUCCAUUAUAAUGGUGUUUAGCAUCUGUGGUGUAUAUUUCAAACAGUGGUGUGUACUGCCAUUAUUGUAAGGGCUGUCUCAUACUUUUAUAUGCUCUGAACUUGGUACUCUAAAGUUAUGUUGUGAGUUCAUUCUGUUUCUUUGCAAAAUUCAAUCACUGAAUUACAUUGAUGGAAAAUAUUGAUAUUUUAGUAGAAGCGAUACUUUGUUGAUAUUAGAUUCAUACAUGAAAAAUGCAUUGGUUAACUUCUGAACCAUUUAGAAGAAAACAUUGCAGUUUUAUUUUACUUUCCUUUGAUGUUUGUCGAUAGAAAUGAAACAUCUGAACAAGGGAUGAGUCAGUAGACAAAAUGAUUUGGAAAUGUUCCCUAAUAGAAAUUAUAAUGAUUUAACUUUCAUCAAUAAUCACAUGUAUAAUCAAUACAUAAAACAAGGAUAAGUGACAUGAUUACCUCUCUGGAAGAUGGUUACAAGGUACAUGUGUUGCAUUAUUUGAUAAGGCAUUUAAACUCUAGCAUAUAUGAUUUUUUAUAUAUGUAUUAUAGGAUAUGAUAGAAUGAAAUAAUUGAUGCUUAGCUUUGCAAGUCAUGGUAGCUCAACAUUUCAGAGAUUUGAAAAAUUUAUAUCAUGUAUUAUGUCCUAUGCUUUUCAUGAAGGACCAAUUUAUCCUGUGUCAGGAAAAUGUCCAUGUUAGAGGUAAUGUUAAGCAUGAGAAAAGGGAUACAAAAGGAGCGGCCAUGUUUCACAUUUGCAUGCUCAAGAGGUGAAUUAGAAUAUAUUUAUGAUUUUAAGGAAUGAUAUUAUUAUAAUAAUGCAUGAUGCCGAUCAGUAAUUGAAUCUUUUGUAUUUUGGUUUUAGUUAUAAUUCUGUCCUAUUAUUGUGUGAAUAUAAGUAAUGGAUGAUAUCAAAGUUUAAGUGUAAAGCUGCAGUUCUCAUUUUAUUAUUUUUUUUGUCAAAACACAGUAAAGUCCAGGUCAAUAAAAAAGAAAUUCAUAAUACAGUAUUUUUUUUUAUUAUUAUUUUCCCAUAAAUUGAUUAGUUAAUGAUUAGCAUAGCAUAUGACCAUAUAAUGUAGAUAUAAAAAAAAAUUAACAGAAGGCAGAGACUGCAUAGAAUUUUUUAAUCAAUGUUUUUAACUGUAACAAAAUGUGAAGCGAGCAUUUCAACCUAUAAGGCAAAAGGAGUGUAUCACAUUCCAUGUACAAUAAUGUAUUCUUUUUAAGCUGUUGUGCUACAAGUAUCCUGAAAUAUAAUCUAGAUUACAAGUGAAAGUGCCAACAAUGAAUAAAGCACAUUUAUUAGUUUAUGGAUUUCAGUUAAUUAAUUACAUAUCCCCCAAACUAAAAUUUCACACACACAUUAAUAUGAACGACCUGAACAAAACUGUUAGGAUAUGGUAAAAAGAGGUCACAGUUAGCACACUGCAGCUUUAAAUAUUCUUUGUCUUCUCUUCAUGUUUAUAAGAAUAUUAACAGUAGGUAAUAGACUUACUUAUUCACUUUGUAGUGUUACUAGAUAUCCCAAUUGUACUGACAUCAGGGUUGCUGUAAUGAUAUUUACAACUAUGACAGUUUCUUCAGUCACAGCUAAGACCUUUUAUAAUGGUUAUAAGUAAGCAUGUCUCUUUACUCUUUAUAUCAUAUUCUAGUGUCAUGUAAUCUUUUAUUGUUUUACCACCUUUUAGUAAAAUACUGUAUGAAAA